AUGGCCAGGAAAUAUAGCGAGUAUUGGCCUUCCAGCACCUUCUCAGCAGCCGCAGGAGAACUCUGGACCAGUGCCAUCGUUGCAAGAGCUGGAGAGCUCUAUGCCACCAGGGAGCUGCACACUCUAGGCACCAAUGACAAAAUACCCGCUAAAAUGCAUGUUAGAAGACCAGGAAGAGACAACUGGUCAUAUAUCGGACGAGUCGGAGUCUUUCAGGAGCUCACGCACAAGGCACCCGUAGUUGUGGUACGUUUACAAAGUACUGAUAAAGUCGUUGUUGCCUUUUCGGAGCACUCGAAUAUCAGUGUUGACAAGCGCGGCAACUUUGUGGUCAUCGCCUCUGUGGAACCUUCUGGAGUAGUAUCAUACUCUUUGCAUGCUCAAACAAAUAAUGACGCACUUCGUUUAUUGGCCUCCAUUGAGCUCGCCGCUUACAAACUUGGGUCGAUCACCGGAACGGAGAAUAGACAACAAACCCAACUUCGCCGCC